CUUGAACUUUCAUCAAAUCAAUUAGCUAAGCGAGGAGUGAUUUCUAUCACUAUGUAUAAUUUUGGUUCUCCUAGGGUUGGCAACAAAAGAUUUGUAAAGGUUUACAAUGAGAAAGUUAAAGAUAGCUGGCGAAUUGUGAAUCACAAAGAUAUCAUUCCUACAAUGGGCAGGUUCAUGAGUUAUUGUCAUAUCAAUCAACCUUUAUUUCUUGCUGCAGGAGUUUCAACGAAUUCCUUAGAGAAUAAAGAUAUUCUUGGAAAUGGUUACGAAGGUGAUAUUGUUGGGGAAUCCACACCAAAUAUCAUAAUCAACGACUUCAUAAUGGGCGAAAUGGAACUUAUUGAGAAGUUGUUACAAACUGAAAUUAAUAUAUUCCGCUCAAUCAGAGAUGGAAGUGCUUACAUGCAGCAUAUGGAGGACUUCUAUUACAUCACAUUACUAGAGAAUGUAAGAUCAAAUUACCAAGUUGCCUCAAGGUCAGAAGAUGUAAACACCAGCUUAUCCUGA